ACAGCAACGUCGAGAGUGAGGAACCGCGUGAGUCAGGAACGUCGUCGUCGUCACCGUCGUCGCGUGUGAGAGUUACCAACAGCGCGAGUGCUACGUCUGUAGAGAAGACUUUUGGAAGACACGAUACAAGAGCGAGUGAGUGAGAGUGUCGUCCGCCGUGAGCAGGGAAGAAGAGUGCCGUGCUUCCGUCGCUCUGUUGUACGAGCGUUGUACUCCUGCUGGAAAACCGCGCGCUUCCCCCUUUGCUUGGGUUAAGGCCAGGCAGGAAGAAGGUUGUAGCACACCACACACAGGCUAUACCUCUACACUACACAUUCAGCAGGGAGUCCACAGGCUCGAGUCGAGUUUCGCUUUUGGCAGUGUGUUUUGUGGCGCUGUGCAGGAAGGAAGUGUGUGCUGGCGUAAGAGCGCACGCGAGAGUAUAAAGGCAAAGAGCAAGAGUCUUCUUCAAGCAAGCAAUCGAAUCGAGCAAGUAUAGCAGAACUGAAAGUGAAAAUAGGCCUGUCUGGGUCCAACCUCCCUCCGGUGUUGAAUAUAUCUGUUUGAUGGUACCGAGGCCUACCCGUGCCUAACCCCCGCCCCCCUCACAGCUCUGCCGUGACGUUACGUCGAAGAAUAGGCCUUUUCCGAGUUCCAAGAAAACUUCUGGCCUUCUUUUGUUUUUGCACGGUCGUGAAUGAAGUUAUGCGUAGUGUUUUCGUUCCUGUUUUGGCCAUCUGAAACCGUGUGGAAGGACUUUGAAUUUCGAACGCUGUUCGGAAAUUUGCAUCGACAGGGAAAAACUUAAAAAUAGAUUCUCCAAUUUUUGUGAUCGAUGACAGAAAAGGAAGACAAGUGAUGAAAAACAAAUGCCAAAGUCCAACACCUCAGUGAUAACGAUUUUUCACGUUUUUCUAUCGUUUUCUACUGUGUGCUGCUCGUGAGCUCUCAGGGAUCUCCUCUGUGUUACGACAACAAGUCCCACCAGAAGAAGAGGGAACAAACCAAGCGAGAGUGCUGGAGAAUAAUAUUAGCUGCUUUUGCAGGAAUUUUCGGUUCGGCAGAGAAUCGGACGGGCGAAAGAAGAGGAAAAAACUAGGGCAAGUGUAUUUGAACUACGAAAGGGAUGUUUUUGAUCCGAAGCUGCAGCGGAGCAGCAGGAUGAAGAGUAGUAAUUCCGAAGUUUGUGCAAGUGACUGACAAUAAAAACCAGAAGAGUGUGAGAAAGUGAUUGGAAGAAUAGUUAGAACCUUGUAUUGGGAAGAGCAGUGAUGAACCACUAGACUCGAAAGUGCGUUUAAACGGUUUUUUUUUAAAUUUUCCCUUAGAACCAUCUAUAAUCAAUCAAACCUUUCGAGUGUCCCAUUCGAGGGACCUCCCAAAUCGCGAAAAUAGAUACCUUAGCGUUACACCCGUACCACCCGCUGCUCCUGAUGGCGCCUCGGCGAGGAACCGUUGGUCCGGCGACGGACCUGUUUGGGGUUCUCGGCGGUGAAUCCGACCAUGGGUUCGAGAGUUCUCAAUCGAUUGACGGGUCCGGCAGCGAGGGUGCCCACAUGACCCGCUGCUGUGUCCCCAUCGGUGACUGUUUCAAAUCCUCGCCGGUCGAUUUCGGUUACAUCAAUCUGGAAGACCUACGGGACUGCGUUCGCGUAAUUUGCAACAAUGACAACUGCACCGCUGGCCAAUUCAUGCACCGCGAGUGCUUCGACCACUGGGAGGAAGGUGUCCUAAACUACCUCAAAUCGAUCGGCCGAGCUCGGUCCUGGUCCGAAAAGCAACGACAGCAGAAUCUCUGGACCAAGAAAGGCUACGACCUCGUGUUCAAAGCCUGCUCCUGCAAGUGCAGUCGCGGCCAUCUCCGCAAGGAUCUGGACUGGUUGCCACCAACCUCCCUGUUCCAGUCCCGCAUGGAUGACGAAUCCGCCAAGAAGAAAAAAAAGAAGAACCGCCAGAACCAGAAACCCACCCUGGCCAUCUCGACCAGCCCCGGCAGCAACUCGAGCAGUUCCUCCAACAGCCCAAAUGCCGGCAACACCGCCAACUCAGGAUCCACCCUGUUGAAUACCCUCAAACUAGCCGACCACUUUGCUACCUCAUUGAUACUGAACACAUCCGGCGGAAACGGGCACCACAAUCCGAAUGGGCACGGCGGUGGUGGUGGCGGUCGCCAGCGGACCAACUCGUUGUCCUCGUCCAGCAAUGGAUCCAGCACGCCACCGGCCAGUUCGACAACGUCCGGCGGUGGUAGCGAGUGCCAGAGCAUUUCGCCGGUGCACAGCGGGCUGGGACUGAGCGGGUGCUCGGUGGCGGCCACGGCCGCAGCACUGGCCAACCUACCGCUGACGCCGAAGACCAAGGUGGAGAUUUACUCCGAACGAGUGAGGGCGACAUCUGGCGCCAAUGGCAUCUUCUCCCGACGACUGGAUUUUUCCUCAUUCAACAUGCUACCCCGGCAACGGAUAAACUCCUAUUCGAUCAAGAUCGAGGACGAAGGCAACCACGGAAAUGACGAGACGCGUCUGUUUAUCCUCUCGUCGCUGGCCGCCCAACAUAAGAGCCGGGUGGCGUGUGUCCUCUGCGAGGAACCGAUGCUAGUCUUUGAUCGCUACCCGCUAGUCGAUGGAACGUUCUUCCUCAGUCCGAAACAGCACGCCAAGGGCUGCAUCGAGGUAAAAUACGAGAAUCGUGUCCAAUAUCUGACGUCGGUUUGCAUGGCGUGUCUGGAUGGCAUCGAGCAGAGCCGAGUUGUACGAUGCAGAUUCUGCGCCCAGAAAUGGGACGGGUCAUCUUUGGUUCUGGGAACCAUGUACUCCUACGAUAUAUUCGCUGCGAUGCCAUGCUGCACUGAACGAUUGAAGUGCAACAACUGCUUCAAGCUGCUGCUGCACCCGCACCAGCGGCUCAACUUCUUCAGCGACUACAGUCACAGCGUGUCGUGUCCGUACUGUCAUGCCCAGGACACCCACUUCGUCAAGCCGUUGGCCUACUGCUACACCAAACAGCCGAUGCAGCUGUUCCAGCAGUGGCCAUAA